AUAAGUUACUUGCUCAAUUCAUUUUUUUUGUGAAUCAAAUCAACAACAAACGACAAUAAAGCGAAAAAAAAUGACAAAAUUUUUUACCGUUUUGGCUGUAAUGGCCACAAUUCUACUUCCAGCUACCAUUAAUUCAUUACCAAAACAUUCAAAUGAUCAAGUUUGUACUAGUGAACCAUUGGUUGAAUUGAAAAAUGGUGGUCGUGUUCGCGGUCUUUGUAAAACCGGUUUAAAUGGACGUGAAUUGCAUACAUAUCUAUCGAUUCGUUAUGCACGGGCUAAUCGUUUUGCUCACUCCGUUGCCGAAGGUCCAUGGGAUGAAGUUUAUGAAGCCACCCAUCAACGUGAAGCAUGUCCACAAGAAGAUCCAACUGUUAAACAUUCGGAAGAUUGUCUUUAUCUUAAUGUUAUUCAACCAAUUGACAGUGGAGAUAAGUUGAAACCAGUCAUGGUUUGGAUCUAUGGUGGUGGAUUCAAUCUUGGAUCUAUUCAUGGUGUUGCCAGUAUCAUAUAUGAUGGUUCAGUUAUUGCAUCAUUAGGUGAUGUUGUUUAUGUCAACAUGAAUUAUCGUUUAGGUCCAUUCGGUUUCUUAUAUAGUGGCACAGAUGAGGCACCAGGUAAUCAAGGUGUUCAUGAUGUAAUAAUGGCAUUACGAUGGGUUCAAGAUAAUAUCGAAAAAUUCGGUGGUGAUCCAAACCGAGUGACAAUCUUUGGCGAAUCAGCUGGUUCAUUUAUGUCUUCGAUGUUGAUUUUAUCACCAAUGGCUAAAGGUCUAUUUCAACGUGCCAUAAUGCAAUCUGGUGCUGUAAGUGAUCUGAAAAAUUUGUCACCGGAAUAUUCAUUAGAAAAAACACGAGAAUUUGCAAGAAAAUGUGGCUGUAAUCAAGAUGAUGCUGAUGAAAUGGUUGAAUGUUUGAAACGAAUGCCAAGAGCAAAAUUAACUUUGCACGCUGGAGGUUUAAAUUUUAUAGCCAUGUUCACAGGUAGACAAUUAGUCAUAAUGCGGAAUGAUAAAGCUGGUAUUUUGCCAGAUCUGCCAUCAAAAAUUAUUCGAAAAGGUCAAUAUAAUCCUGUGGAUCUUAUGUUUGGUUUUGUUCAUGAUGAAGUUGCUGAAAUACUCGUCCUAUUGGAUUUGGAAUUACUAAAUCCACUGAAAUUAUAUACACGUCACCAUCUUAAAAAGAAAUUAUAUCCAAUAAUUAGAAAAUUCACAUUGGAUGGACACGAAGAAGAAUUAUUCAAAUAUUAUUUUAAAGAUGAACAUCGUGCCCUGAUAAAAAGUGAUACAGUAAGACGUAAAAUGACCGAUAUGUUUUCCGAUCCAGUUAUGAACUGUCCAACUUAUCUAUUUGGACAAAGAUUAGCAAUGGCAAUGGCUAAAAAUUCGUCAGCUACAAACCGUAAUCGUUUCUAUUCAUUCCGUUUCGAUCAUCAUUCACCAUUUAUGGCAUUUAUUGGUUGUGAAAAAUGGAUGGGUGUAUGUCAUGCCAUGGAUUUACCAUUCACAUUUGGUUUACCCAUACGAAAAGAUAUUGUUAAAUUGGCUUUCACUAAUAAAGAUCGUCAUAUUAGUGAAAAUGUUGUCCGUGCUUGGACACGAUUUGCACAUACUGGUAAUCCUGAACAAAUGGGUGAUGUUGAAUGGCCCGAAUUCUUUGGUGAUAAUGGUAAAACGAUGCGUCAAAUGGCAAUUGAUCUUAAACCUCAUGUUUUUGAAAAUGAAUAUCGUGAUCGAUGUGAAAAUUUUUGGAUUAAUCUUCUAUUACCACAAUAAUUUUAAACAAUAAAUCACAAUCAAGUCGAAAUAGUUUCGAAUCAUACAACAACAAUAUUUACAACCCAUAUGGUUAGCCAAUUUUUUUUUCUAAUUUUCCAUUCAUU